AUGUUUUCAAGGUUGCGGAAAAUUCUGAAGAAGACGGCAAACGAUAAAUGCUACAUUGAGCACAUUGAUCCGAGAGGAAGCGAGUUCUACGAUAGAAUUUUCAUCGGAGAAGUCGGUCAGCCACAUCAACUCUUUUACUCUGUCAUCGGUCGACAAUUCAGGAAUCUGACGAGUCCGGAGAACUCAGCUCUCUUCUACCAUCUUGUGGCUAUGAAGUUGAAUCCGUGGACACAGAAACUCUUGUUCCGCAAAUUCAACGACACCAAGCACUCUGGAAAUGGGCCGAAAUUCAUUGAGACUCAAUAUCUCCGUUGUGAUGGAAGAUCGAAAAGGAAACAAGUGAAGUGA